AUGCACAUCCUCUCUGAACCCGAUGUGUCAAAGAUCUUCCGCGGUCUGACACAAGAACAAUGCCACAGCUUCAUCUCAGUACUGAGCAAUGCCCUGGUCAGCAUAACCAAUGAAUCAAAGCCAACAACCCCAGCAUCCUCCAAAAAAAUCCACCAACCUCUUCGCACUGUCUUCACAACCAGCAAUGACAACACCUGCAUCUUCAUGCCGGUAUCGGACACCGCAUCCACCGGUAUCAAAGUAGUAACCGCCAGCUCUACCGGAAUCCUAGGCGUGAUCAACAUCUUCAACCCAGAAGGCCGGCUCCAGGGCCUCCUUGCCGCAGCUGAAGUAACAGCCUUCCGCACUGCCUUGGCAACAAUGACCCUCUUCGUGCGCUGCACAACCAUCCGCAAGGAUAACGUGCUCGUCCUUGGCAGCGGUCGUCAGGCAGAGUGGCACGCACGCCUCGCACUCUUGCUCUACCCUGAGCAAGUGCGCCGGGUCACCUUUGUGAACCGCGGUGCCAAGAGACUGCAGGAGAUGGAGAAGGAUGUCAUUGCCGAAUUGCGCGUGACCUAUCCCGGUGUCAUCUUUAACACGCUCGCCAAGGAGGGCGUCUCAGACUACGAGAAGCGCCUUGGGGAGGAACUUGCUGCAGCAGAUGUUAUCUUCAGCUGCACACCUGCCACUGAGCCGAACUUUGGAUAUGCGGCUUUGCAGGUGAACCCCAAGCAGCGAUUUAUUUCGCUUAUCGGCUCGUAUAAGCCUAAUAUGCAUGAGAUUGAUACCGAGACUUUGCUUUCCGGUGGCAAGGUUUAUGUUGAUACUAAGUCCGCAUGUCUUGAGGAGGCUGGGGAGUUGAUCACUGCGGGUCUUGGGGAGGAGGACUUGAUUGAGAUGGGAGAUCUUUUGGGGGCGGAUGGCAUUGCGGAGGGAAAUCUCGAUGUUCCGGCUGGAUCUAAUGUUAUUUACAAGUGUGUUGGUAUGGGAUUGAUGGAUCUUGCUGUUGGGAAAAAGGUGCUUGAUGUUGGUGUGGAGAUGGGCCUUGGAACUCAUGUUGAUGGGUUCUAG